GAGAGCGCGAAGAAAAGAGGGGGUUCUCUGUCAUCACACACACUUCUGCUCCGCUCUUUGGAAAGAAAAUUACGAUGAGGUUUUGCUACAGAAUAGCUCUUGCCUUGCUCCUCGUAUACCUCUUCGAGGAUAGCGUUCUGGGAGCCCCUACAACAGGCAGGUUUAACUGGUUGAACUGCAAACCUGAUGGCAAAGAUGCAAACUGUGUCCAUAAGCAAGGGCCUUUGCUUAAGCAACCAAAAGACAUAGUUCCAGUGGACAGCAGUGAAGACACCCCUGAGACAGAAACAGAAGAGCAGUCUGGAGAAAGCUCUGGUGAUCUGGACCCAUUUGACACUGUGGUGAGGAAGGAUUGGAUGGACGAUAGUCCAGUUCAGGCGAUGGCACAGGACGAGGCCAGUGGUGAGAUUGAUUAUUCAAACUACGUAUCUCCUGAGCAAGUGGAACCAAAGCUGUCUGAAGAGGAUUUGAGAAAAGAUAACAUGAUCCAGUAGAAGGCUGCCAUGUGCCGUGUGUUUUCGAUGUCAUUCAGGUGUCAGAAGCUCUUUUUGUAAGGACUCUCAGGAUAAGAGGCCUUAAAGUCCCUAUACUGCUUUGUUUCUUUUUCUGUUUCUAUUUGUCAGUCAAUGAAUUGAAUGAUACGAGAAGUCUAGAAACAGACUGCUCUGUGAUAUAUGUUGCAUAUUGAGCAAUACAGUGUGAAUUAUUGUGAUAUUGCACAGCAUUAAUCGGGAGCUAAUUAUUUAAUACCCAUAAAUAAUUUUCAGUGUUAAUAAUUUAAUAUAAAAUUUUGAAGAACCUAUACUUCACCAAAAUAUGACACAUCUGUGUUGAACCAUAAUGUCCGGUGAAACAAAAUAAAAAUAUUUAAUAUUUAAAUUGUCAAGUAGAGAGUAUUUAGGAGUGGAAACUUUUAAUGGUUGAUAUCAGACAAAAUGCUAGUAUAAAAAUGGAAACAAUGGAACUAUAAAUAUGUUUUUACCUUUUGUGCCAAUUUUAUAUUUUUAUAAAUGCUGUUUAACGGUUGAUGUUUUGGGACCAAGUGAUGUGGUGCAAUAGCUAUUUUAACAUUUGAUGAUAUUACUGUAAUACAAAAUCAUUCAGCUGUAAUCAGUAGUCUAAAUGCUGGAAAUGACCAAAACAGAUCUGUAACAUAAUACAUUCUCGUAUCUGCCUCUCAUGAGGCAGCAUUUUCAACUGUAUUUUAUUUGCCAAUUAAAAGUCUUCCUUCACAUCUAU